GGUAAAUGAAUGAUGAAGUCACAUUCAGGCUAUUGCUACAUACUAAAACUCCCUGGAUGUUGCACUGUGGGGUUUUUAUGCUAAACUUGUUUGAAACGUUGUUUGCAACUUAAUAAACUCCAGGGGGCAAUGUUGUUCCACUCUGAUUAUACUUAGAUUAGACAAACACUGUUUGUUGUGUGGUGACACUUUCGUAAAACCACAAGUAUAUUUUAAGUAAGCGUUUCUAAUUACUCUCUAAUUGCUCCCAUCAGUGCUGUCUCAGUCAGCGUCUAGAAAGGGUAAAUAUUCUCCCCUAAAAUAGCGUAAACUAGAACUUCGAUGAGCGAUGUCGCCCCACUUUUUUCAUGUCAUUACUGGGCACAGCUGCAGUCCUUCACAGAUGGAUGAAAUGCUCCCACAACACCUCCACCCAGGCACACCCAGACGCACACACACACUUCUUUGUGACUGGGCCUUGACAGUGAUCUCCCCGCACAUGUGUGAAGGAGCGUCUUCAGUUACUCCCCCUGCCUCUGCACACACAUUGGUUUGAAAGGUUAUUUUGGUCUGCAGAAGCACCACUGUAACCCUGGGCUUCCAGCGAAAUAAUAGGAGGAGUCAAGCUCCAGCCUUUCCAUUCUGCUCCCUUGUCAACGGGCAUGGGAUUUCCCCUUCAAUAGCAGGUUCCCUCCGCUCUCUACACGGCAGCAGUAGGUUGGAUCCUCAUUUUGAAACAAUGGAGAACAGUCCUCUCCAGGUGCUGACUGUCCCUACCGCCCCCUACCCAGACCAGAGGCCCAGCACGAACGGCCUGAGGAAAAAGGUCUACGUGUUUCAGUCUAGGAGGAACUAUCUGCACAACUUCAUCCAGAGUAUCUUCUCCUCCAUUGACCUGCGAGACCGUCAGGGUUCAACCAUGGUGGUCGGGGGAGACGGACGCUUCUUCAACCGAACAGCUAUUGAGGUCAUCGUGCAGAUGGCAGCAGCCAACGGGGUGGGUCGUCUGAUCAUCGGACACCACGGGAUAAUGUCCACGCCAGCCAUCUCCUGCGUGAUCAGGAAGUACAAAGCCAUCGGUGGCAUCAUCCUCACUGCCAGCCAUAACCCUGGUGGACCCAAUGGGGACUUUGGCAUUAAGUUUAACACUGCGAAUGGAGGCCCAGCCAAGGACACUGGCACAAACAAGAUCUUUCAGAUCAGCAGAACCCUCGAGGAGUUUGCCAUCUGCCCCGGACUGCGAGUGGAUCUGACAACCCUGGGAAAACAGAUGUUUGAUCUGGAGAACAAGUUCAAGCCCUUCACAGUGGAGAUUGUGGACUCUGUGGAGUCCUAUGCUAAUCUGCUGAGGAACAUCUUCGACUUUGCCGCUCUGAAGGAGCUUCUGUCUGGAGAAAAUCACAUCAGGAUCAGGCUGGAUGCCAUGCAUGGAGUCGUAGGACCGUAUGUGAAGAGAAUACUGUGCGAGGAACUAGGCUGUCCUGCCAAUUCUGCCAUCAACUGUGUCCCGAUGGAAGACUUUGGGGGACAACAUCCAGAUCCUAAUCUCACCCAUGCUACAGAUUUGAUUGACAGCAUGAGAGACGGACAGUAUGAUUUUGGAGCAGCAUUUGAUGCUGAUGGGGACCGUUACAUGAUCCUCGGGGGCCAUGGAUUCUUCGUCACCCCGUCCGACUCUGUGGCUGUCAUCGCUGACAACAUUUUCUGCAUCCCAUACUUUCAGCACACAGGGGUGAGAGGCUUCGCCCGCAGCAUGCCUACAAGUGCAGCAUUAGACAGAGUAGCCAAGGCAACAAAGAUAGAGCUAUACGAAACUCCCACCGGGUGGAAGUUCUUUGGGAAUCUAAUGGAUGCAGGCAUGUUGUCUUUGUGUGGAGAGGAAAGCUUUGGUACAGGUGGAGACCAUAUUCGUGAGAAGGACGGCCUUUGGACUGUGCUGGCAUGGCUGUCCAUCCUGGCCACUAGAAGGCAGAGCGUGGAAGACAUUGUUAAGGACCACUGGCUGAAAUAUGGAAGAAACUACUUCACAAGAUAUGACUAUGAGAAUGUGGACAUAGAUGCAGCCUGUGAAAUGAUGGAGGAUUUGGAGAUUAUGAUCGCGGAUAAGUCCUUCAUUAAGCAGAGAUUUGCAGUGGAAGAUAAAAUCUAUCAAGUGGAAAAAGCAGACAACUUUGAGUACACGGACCCUGUAGACAGCUCCAUCUCCAGGAACCAGGGACUUAGGAUUAUCUUCUCAGAUGGUUCCCGAAUCAUCUACAGACUCAGUGGGACAAGUAGUGAUGGAGCAACAGUUCGAAUCUACAUUGACAGCUAUGAGAAGGAGCAAGUGUUCGAGGACACACAGGUGAUGCUUGCCCCCCUUGCAACUAUUGCUCUAAAGAUUUCACAGCUUCAUCACAGGACGGGUCGAUGUGGCCCAUCCGUCAUCACAUGAUUCUUCCUGCAUUUUACUCCAUCUUUGCCAAAUGAGUCCCAUUUUAUUUUAUUUUUUGCCCUGAUUUUAUUUUUUAUUUUGUAUAAACAAAGCCUCGAUUCCAUGUGUAAUGGCAUAUCAUAACAUGUGCAUUUUAACUGAACUUGACAAAACUAAAUCUGUAACACAUUAAACAGCUUUUUAUUUUUGGUU